UCCUGCGCUUCUGUGUGGACGGGCUUCAGAGGCAGCGAAUUGUUGCCUGAUAUUUGAGAGGGCAAAUUGAUUGUUGCUCCUUUUCCGCGGCGUUGCUUUGCGCGGGGCGAGAGGGAUUACAUCGGAGUGUUUAUUUUUGUGAGCAGGUAUUCCCCCCCCCCCCGAAGCCCGUCCUACGAGUGAGUGAGGGAGUGUGUGUGUGUCUGAGCGACUUCUCAACCCUCCUGCCUCCUCAUCCGCUUUGGAUCUAUGGCGGCGCAGUUGGAUACAAUUUAUGGACUUUCCGAUGAUGAAGAAGAAUCUCGAAUUCUCAGAGUCAAAGUUAUUUCGGGAAUUGAUCUGGCUAAAAAAGACAUCUUUGGAGCGAGUGAUCCGUAUGUGAAAUUGUCAUUGUAUGUGGCCGAUGAGAAUCGAGAACUUGCUUUGAUUCAGACAAAAACAAUCAAAAAGUCAUUGAAUCCAAAAUGGAACGAAGAAUUUCUUUUCAGGGUCAACCCCCAAAAUCACAGACUGCUGUUUGAAGUCUUUGAUGAAAACCGCUUGGUAGAUGUGGAGCAGGGGGAGGAAAACUAUCAGAGAGCUAAUGGCCUGGAUUUUAUGACAAGGGAUGAUUUCCUGGGCCAAGUUGACGUGCCUCUUAAUUACUUACCGGCAGAAGACCCAGCCUUGGAGAGGCCAUACACUUUUAAAGAUUUCUUGCUUAGGCCAAGGAGUCAUAAAUCCCGGGUGAAAGGAUUUUUGCGCUUGAAGAUGGCCUACCUUCCAAGGAAUGGUGGACAAGAAGAAACACCAGAACAAAGGGAAGAAUCUGAGUGUGCCUGGGAUAUGGUCGAUCCCACUGAUUCAGGAGCACAGCGCGAGCAGCAACUGCCGCCACUGCCAUCUGGCUGGGAAGAGAAGACUGACAACCUGGGCCGGACGUACUACGUGAAUCACAACAACAGGACAACACAGUGGCAGAGGCCAAGUCUAGUAGAUGUAGAAAAUGACUCCGACAACAACAUUCGGCAAAUCCAGCAAGAAGCUCACAGAGUGUUUCGGUCACGUCGACACAUUAGUGAAGAUUUGGAGACCACAGAUAUUCGGGAUGGCGGUGAUCCAUGGGAAACCAUCUCUGAAGAAUCUUUUCUUGAUGCUGAUCAACUCUUCCAACCCUUACCCCCUCCUACCACUCCACCCAGUGCAUCAGAGAUCAGCCAACCAGACCUCUCUGAUGAGCUAAACAGGAGAUUGCAAGUUACUUCAGAGUCAAACGGGGAAGAAAUUGGUCCACAUCCUAGUGAAUCUCUUGCAAGGAUACGUUCCUAUAGUGCGACAGAUGGUAUUGAAGGUGAACCUCCAGCCUCAACGCAGAGCACCCAAUCACGACGACCUCGUUCUUCAACUGUCACAGGCAGUGAACAACAAAAUGAAAUUACGCAGUCAUCUGCAGCCCACAUGCUCACAACACCUGGCUUGCCUCCAGGGUGGGAAGAGCGGAAAGAUGCAAAGGGUCGCUCCUAUUAUGUAAACCAUAACAACAGAACUACUACUUGGACGCGUCCAAUUGUGCAGCACGCAGAUGAUGGCGCAUCAGCUACUGCAUCCAGCAACAGCCUUUUAAGCGAGCCUCAGAUAAGGCGGCCUCGCAGUCUCAGCUCACCCACUGUAACCUUAUCAACCCCGAUGGAGAGUGCUAAAGACCCCCCUCUGCACAGAGCUGUAAAGGACACUUUGUCUACUCCGCAGUCUCCUCAGCUUUCACCUUAUAACUCACCAAAGGCACAGCAUAAGGUUGUGCAGAGUUUCCUACCUCCCGGUUGGGAAAUGCGCAUAGCUCCAAAUGGUCGGCCUUUCUUCAUCGAUCACAAUAGUAGAACAACAACAUGGGAGGAUCCACGGCUAAAAUAUCCCGUUCAUUUAAGAGCAAAGGCGUCAUUGGAUCCAAAUGAUCUUGGACCUCUCCCUGCUGGCUGGGAGGAAAGGAUCCACAUAGAUGGAAGAUCAUUCUUCAUCGACCACAAUACCAAAAUCACACAAUGGGAGGACCCAAGAUUGCAGAAUCCGGCCAUCACUGGUCCAGCUGUGCCAUAUUCUCGAGAGUUCAAGCAGAAGUAUGAUUAUUUCCGGAAAAAGCUGAAAAAGCCGGCUGAUAUACCCAAUAGAUUUGAAAUGAAACUGCAUAGAGGAAACAUUCUAGAAGAAUCAUACAGACGGAUCAUGUCCUUAAAGCGACCAGACGUACUGAAGGCUCGCCUUUGGAUAGAAUUUGAGUCGGAAAAAGGACUUGAUUAUGGAGGCGUUGCAAGAGAAUGGUUCUUCCUUUUAUCCAAGGAAAUGUUUAAUCCUUACUAUGGGCUUUUUGAAUAUUCGGCCACAGAUAAUUACACACUUCAGAUUAACCCAAAUUCUGGUCUUUGUAACGAAGAUCAUCUUUCCUACUUCAAGUUCAUUGGCCGUGUGGCCGGAAUGGCUGUUCACCAUGGCAAGCUUCUGGAUGGCUUCUUCAUCAGACCAUUUUACAAGAUGAUGUUGGGAAAAUCGAUCACAUUGAAAGACAUGGAGUCCGUGGAUGGUGAAUAUUUCAAUUCUUUAAGAUGGAUUCUUGAGAAUGACCCCACAGAGCUGGAUCUCAGAUUCUGCACAGAUGAAGAAAAUUUUGGGCAGACCUACCAAGUGGAUCUGAAACCCAAUGGUUCAGACAUGGUGGUUACCAAUGAAAACAAAAGGGAGUAUAUCGACUUAGUCAUCCAGUGGAGGUUUGUUAAUCGGGUGCAAAAGCAGAUGAAUGCCUUCAUGGAGGGCUUCACGGAACUCAUUCCUAUUGACCUAAUUAAAAUAUUUGACGAAAAUGAACUAGAGCUGCUGAUGUGCGGCCUUGGAGAUGUAGAUGUCAACGACUGGCGGCAGCACACCGUCUACAAAAACAACUACUGUACUAACCACCCCGUUAUUCAGUGGUACUGGAAGGCAGUGCUGCUGAUGGAUGCUGAGAAACGUAUUCGGCUUCUACAGUUUGUUACUGGAACCUCAAGAGUGCCAAUGAAUGGAUUUGCUGAACUAUAUGGUUCCAAUGGUCCUCAGCUCUUUACAAUAGAACAGUGGGGGACUCCAGAGAAGUUGCCAAGAGCUCACACGUGCUUUAACCGCCUUGAUUUACCGCCUUAUGAAUCUUUUGAAGAUUUACGAGAAAAGCUUCUUCUGGCUGUAGAAAAUGCUGAAGGAUUUGAAGGAGUCGAUUAAAUGGCUGCAAUCGUGGUCAACAAGUUGCUGCUUAUUCUUUUUUUUAUAUAGAUUUAGGAUCUUUUCCAGUGAUAUCAAUUUAAUUGCACACUGACAUUGGUACUCGGAACAAAGUCUUCUAUGCUAAUUCCUAUUUCAUAUUUCUAGAAAACUGGGAAAUUUAAAAUAGACUUUCCAGACAAAGGAAGAAAAGUGGAUGAAGCGUGGAUGAAAAGUGCAUUUCAAUAGGACUUAACUAUGUAUUGAAACAAAAGUUCUUUAAAGACACAAUCUAAACAUUUUACCAACUUUGUAAUGAAAGUGACUGCAAACUCUCACUUUCAAAGGUAUAGUAUUAUCACUUUGUUUACUCAAUGGACUGGAUAAUAACCAGUUACUUAGACUUCCUUGUAAUAUAACCUUUCCAGCAGAAAGGGGCAAUCUGUUAAAGGUUGGAAUUGCGCAGUGUAUUAACAUUUUCCUGUGAAAUAUUGGUGCCUCCUUUCCCCAGCAGUCAUGAUUAAAAGCAUGGUCAAAAGCAUUUUUAGAUUAUUAAUGACGUAGUUUAAAAACUUGCCUGAAAUAUGAAAAUAUUUUUAUUUUACAAUUGCCAUCUAUGUCUCUGAAUGGGGUCUCAGAAGCAAAAUUGUAGUGUCAUGCCUAUAACUUGCAAUAGCCAUGUAAAUCAUCGCUAUCCAUUAAGUAUGUAUUGAAAUAAUAUUGACCUUAAGAGGAUGACCAAAUAACAAUGCUCAAAGUGUUUUUUUUUAAAUGCUACCCAAAGUUUCCUCCUUUUUUAAAACCAGGAGAUUUAACUAUAAUAUAGCAAGUUAUUACAAUGUGCCUGCGGCAUGCCUGAUUAAUCCCAUAGUCUGCUGGUGGGUCCAGGAGCAAUUGCUAGCUGGACCUUAAAUCUCACUAAAACAGGUAACAAAUGAAUAAAACUACCCAAUGUGCACUGCUGACUAAAUUCAAAAGAAUAGUUCUAUAACAUGUGAAACUACUUAAGCCCUCAUUGCCUUUAUCUACUUUUUUCUACAAACGUUUCUUUUAGUGUUAAUUUAACUUUUCAAUCAUAUUUUUAUCUCCUGUUAGAAAUUACAUCCUCCGUUAUGAAGUUAUUUGUUCACUGUCUCCUUUCACCUCCCACCUCGGGUCAGGAGUAACUUUAUUGAAGAGCUAUUUGGUUUAUAGUACUGAUUGAAACAUGGUUUAUUCGAUACAGUUUGUUUAUUUAUUUAUUUAUUUACUACCCGUUACGCCGCUGGCGUUCAGGGCAGCAAUGAAGGUCCUCCAUCUCUGGGCUUCCUUCAUCAAGUCAGUACCUUCCUCUCGGUAUUCACUAUUUUUAGUCAUGCAAGUCCCAGAUGGAGACUCAGGAAUACCGUUGCAUUCAGUAGAAGGAUUCUUCACGACUGUUCCCGUAACAGUUUUGUUUGACCAGUCAGGGGUGUUGGCCUUCAGCUGAACCCCUGAACCUGAAGGACCAGUGGACCACUUUUCUUCUGCCCUCUACCCUUCGUCCUGUUUGGCAUGGGUGACCCUACUAAGAGCCAAAGUACAAAUCCCUGACCCCAGCUAACAUAGCUCUCCAGGUAAUUGAGACACGCAAGCCUUCAACCACGACAGUACUGUGACUAGAUAGACGACAGAGAAAUAGGUGACAAGCCAGGAAGGAAUUCUAACAAAUAAGUACAAUCUGUGACAGCCCUCCCUAUCUUCUUAUUUACAAAAAGGAAAGGUAACCACUACAAAUUGAGCUGUGAAUGACAGAUGUGUUUUGUCUCAUUGCUUGAGCUUAUGCUGAUUUUUCAGAAAAUAUGUUCUAUGGUAAUACCAAGAAAUUUAGGGGCACUUUGUAAAUCCCAUAAAGCUCAUGGCUGUUUAAUUGUGAUUAAGGAUGUACAUUUUUAAUACUGAAUAUGCUUAUCCAGUGCAAUAUCUGUCUGUACAUUGUUUCUACUGACGAUGCCUCAACAAACCCAACGUGGAGCCAAGUAAGCGUAAUUGUCUUUCUUCAUUUUUUUUCUCAACAUGUCUUUUUCCUUUGAAAGCAUUGCACACAAUUUCAAAACUCAGCUCAGAUAUGUAAAGUCUCUCCUGAAAUCCUUCUCUCCCUAUAGUAAAUUCCCAGAAAAAAAUAAACUUUCCACAUGAAUGUUGCAA